CGAUUCGAGAUUCGCAACUUCCUGCUAUCCUGGCAGGCCUCACAGAGGCAUCUCUUCACCAUCAUUUCUCACCGAUGGACCUCUCUGAAGCGUCUGCAUCGGCCAAGGCGUCUGGCUCCAAGUCUGUGCGGUUCGCAGACAACCCAGAGCGACAGGAACUGCCAGCCAGAGGGACGCUAUUCUCCAUCGACGGAGACGACGAUGCUGCAGUUGACGACAAUGACGACGACGGCGACGACGCACACCGAUACGGCCCCUCAUGGGCGGCCUCCUCAUCAUCCUCCUCUUCGGGCGCCACAUACGGACUGAAGAGCACAAUACCGAGUCGGGAGGCAGAAUUCGACGCAGCCUCGGACACUCUUUCAGAGGACGACCAGGCGAUAAUGGAUGAUGCAGAGUCGUCGACGAGAGCAAUGAUGGGCCGCUCCUCGUCACGCAACAAGACUGUACCAUUGCCUUCAUCAAUCCGCCAAUCAGUCGAUGUCUUCGGCUCCAACAUGUCCGAAUUCAGGCGAAGCGUCAUGGAAGGAGUAGACCAAGUAGGUCGCUCGACUGGGUUGAGCGCAGACAAUGGAGAGCUUCCCGACUGGUUGAAGCGCGGUGCAGGAGUAUUUGAUGCCACGACGAACAUGGCCAACUCCAUUUUGGGUGCGGGUAUUGUGGGCUUGCCCUACUCUAUGCGCCAGUCAGGCUUCGUAGCGGGCGUGGUCCUCCUCGUUGGCCUCGCCAUGCUCACAGACUGGACGAUCCGCCUCAUCAUCCUCAAUUCGAAGCUCUCUGGCCGGCAGACCUACAUCGAGAUCAUGGACCACUGCUUCGGUCGCAAGGGGAAAGCUGCAGUCAGUCUCUUCCAAUUCGCCUUUGCGUUCGGAGGGAUGUGCGCUUUCUGCGUCGUUAUAGGAGAUACGAUUCCUCACGUCCUUGCCGCUGUCUUUCCCUCCUUGGCACCGGGCGAGUCCUUCUUUUCCUUCUUGGUCAGCAGGUCAUUCGUCAUCACCUUCACAACGCUCUUGAUCAGCUACCCGCUGAGCCUCUACAGGGACAUUGAGAACCUCUCAAAAGCAAGCGCGGUAGCCAUGGUUAGCAUGCUCCUCAUCGUCCUCACCGUCGUCUUCCGCGGCCCUGCCAUGCCCGCCGAGCUCAAAGGCGACCCCUCGCUGAGGUUUACAGUAGUCAAUCCCUCGCACCUAGUCUCAAGCAUCUCAGUCAUCUCCUUCGCCUUCGUCUGUCACCACAACUCGCUCCUGAUCUACGCCUCGCUCAAGGAGCCUUCGAUGGACAAGUUCAGCAAAGUCACCCAUUACUCGACCACAAUCGCCUGCGCGUGCUUGACGGCAAUGAGCAUAGCCGGGUACUGGACGUUCGAGGAGAAGACUCUGGGCAACGUACUUAACAACUUCCCGGAGAAUGACACCUUUGUCAACAUCGCCCGCUUCGCUUUUGGAGUGAACAUGUUCACCACUUUUCCCCUCGAGGCCUUCGUAUGCCGUGAGGUGUUGGAAACGUACUUCUUUCCCAACCAGUACAGCGUCCGACUUCACAUUACUAUCACGACUUCGCUUGUCCUGGCGAGUCUGGUGGUCUCGCUCCUCACAUGCGAUUUGGGCAUCGUGCUAGAGCUGACGGGCGGGUUGAGCGCUACGGCUCUGGCGUUCAUUUUCCCCGCAGUGUGCUUUCUGAAGCUGGCGGCCGAGGGGGAAGGCAAGGCUCUUGGUGUAGGGUCGGUGAGAAGGGGAGGAGGUGGAGGGGAUUACGCGCCUGUGUCGGCUUCGGACAACGGAAAUGGCGUACAAGGCGAUGAAGACGAGGACGAUUCUCUCGCCGAGCUCGAAGCGUCACACGGCCCGCGAGGAGGGAGGCAGUCCUCCAGCAACCGCGCUGAUAUCUCCAUCGACGAGGUCCAGCUGCCUCUCGCUCCUGGCGCUUCGAUACGCGCUCGGAGACCGAAUGAGGCCAAGCAUUGGUACACCUGGUGGCUCUCCACCAAGCCGCUGGCUGUCGGUUGCGCCCUCUUUGGCACUGUGGUUCUCAUCGUAUCUGUUGGACAAGCUCUUGCGGAGCUGUUUAGUGGGAGGGCAAGGGGUGUGACGCAUACGUGUUGAGCACGCGGCCAGAGUAUGCUGAGCUGUAGAUAAGACAGGGAAAUGGACAGUACUGCUCGCGUGCGGGAGCUCGCUCUUAAUUAUAGACUCUCAACGUGAUGUGAAUUGUGGUUUCUUAUGAUCGUGAGAGGGGAUGUUAUUUGAUGCUGGCUGUCUAUCUACGAGGAGGGAGAUCUACGUGCGAUCUAUGUUCUAGAAGAGGUGAGGGAAGGCGCAAGCGUCUUGCCGCCGUUUAUAGUAUCGCCGUCGGCCAUGCUAUGGUUCGUUGGCUUCUCAAAGCCCACCCAUCGUCGACUUCU